AUGGCAGGAACCAGUCACGCGGCCCGCUUUUACAGGCAGAUCAAGAGACAUCCGGCCCUCAUCCCGAUGAUCGGCUUCAUCGGCCUGGGCAUGGGCAGCGCCGCGCUCUACUUGCUGCGACUCGCCCUGCGCAGCCCCGACGUCUGCUGGGACCGAAAGAACAACCCCGAGCCCUGGAACCGCCUGAGCCCCAAUGACCAGUACAAGUUCCUCGCCGUUUCCACUGACUAUAAGAAGCUGAAGAAGGACCGGCCGGACUUCUAAGCCAGGCUAAACCGCAGCCAGCCAGUCCCCUCACUUCUUGCAGUCCUC